GACUAAUUUCCUUGCCCUCCCCACCCUGCUACUUUACCAUCACUAUUGUAAACAUUUUUCCUUGAAACAAUAUUACUUAUUAUAAAUUUCUCUAAAAUAAUAUAAUUAUAUUAUGCUUCAUUCACUAUUUCACUUAUCUAAUAUUAGUUUGUAGUCUUUGCUGGUGUUAAUAAUUUAUUUUUAAUAACGUGUUGAAUAAAUUCAAACUAGUGUGAAUCAUCACUCAAAAAAGGUCGAUUACAAAUAAAGGCAAUUUCAACUGUAUAUGAGGAAUUAAAACAAAUAAGACUAGAUUAUAAUACGCAAUGGAGUGGCUAUUUGGACACCGUAUGACGCCAGAUGAGAUGUUGCGCAAAAAUCAGCGCGCCCUGAACAAGGCAAUGCGUGACCUGGACCGUGAACGCAUGAAGAUGGAGCAGCAAGAGAAGAAAGUCAUUGCCGACAUCAAAAAACUUGCCAAGGAGGGCCAAAUGGAUGCAGUGAAAAUAAUGGCGAAGGAUCUGGUCCGCACGCGGCGCUACGUACGCAAGUUCAUGCUGAUGAAGGCCAACAUUCAAGCUGUGUCGCUGAAAAUACAAACGCUCAAAUCGCAGAGCACGAUGGCACAGGCGAUGCGCGGUGUCACGCGCGCCAUGGCCACCAUGAACAGGCAGCUCAACAUGCCGCAGAUACAGAAGAUAUUACAGGAAUUUGAAAAGCAGUCUGAGAUAAUGGACAUGAAGGAAGAAAUGAUGAAUGACUCCAUUGAUGAAGCGAUGGAAGGUGAUGAUGAUGAAGAAGAAAGUGACGCGGUAGUGUCGCAAAUCUUGGACGAGUUAGGACUGCAGCUCAACGAUCAAUUGUCUGGGCUGCCACAAGCCACUGGAUCUCUCUCUAUUUCAGCGAAGACGCCGGUGGCGGUGGCGGGCGGCUCGAGCGGCGGCGGCGGCGCGGCGCUGGACGCCGACGCCGAGCUGCAGUCGCGCCUCGACAACCUGCGCCGCGAGUAGCCGCGCCGUCACCACCGACUGAACGGUCCUCCGGGCGUCGGCCACGGCAACCGCUCGUCGUUGUUAAAAAACAUUGUGGGCGUGCUCGCAUCCCGACCUCCUCGUGGAGUCGCAUCUGCUUUAUUCCAAUAUUACACCUAAUAGAUAAACUAAAAAUACUGAUAUGGGCAAGUACUGGCGAAUUAUUAACCCUUUUUAAAAUUACUUUAAAAUACUAACAUUAUAAGGGCUAAGCAGACGAGUGAGUUUUCGUCAACGAAGGACGAUAUUCUUCAUAGUGCGAGCCGCGGUCAUGUGCAUUUCACCUAAAUUGCCUCUUCUGUAGGAUGGGUGAUUGCGCCGGUACUGGCGGUUGAUAUUGUAGCCAGCCUCAAUAUAUCCGCAGAGGAUACACUGCUUCCUGGUAGCAGUCCUUGCCUGUUUGUCUGUCUGAGUAUGACAGGGAGUCGCCUCGGUUUCUUCCACUGCAGCUGGGUUAGCUGUAUGUGUAGCUGUCCCGGAUUCAGGAGCCCGGGUCCUGCGUUUGGUCUGGAUUCUUCGCAUGAUGAUCGUAGGAUGGGCGAUGAAGCUCGUGUUUCGGCCUCUGGUGCAGUUUGCAUGUGGCUGCAGGUUGGAUAUAGGUUGGAAUGAAUUCUUUCCACCCGAAAAGAUAUUCAACUUUACACAUUAGAAAUAAGAAAAUUUGAAGAGAAUUAGAACAGAAAAUAAAUUGGUAUAAAAGACACGACUCGAGCAAGAAAAAGGGAAAAGAUAAAAAAAUGAAUAUCAAGAAUGUGUUUGUGUUUAUAUGAACUGGGAUGGAUAUAUACAGAGAUGGAGAGAUCGUGGGAUGUGAAGGCGACGACGAAUGGAUGCGCUGAGCAGACGCCCGGUAUGACAUUGAGGUGUGGUCCAAGUUACAGACAUGAGGCGUGGUGUCAGUGUCUACUGCCACAAAUGUAAUCUAAAUGAGUCGCUCGUUGCCGCCCCAUAUAUUAGUUACUUUCCACUGUAACAUUGUUGAAUGUUAUUUUUUUUUUUUAAGAAUAAGCAUACUUCGUCUGUAAGUUUCCUAAUCAGUUUGAUUAGUUGUGUAAAAUGUUUUUCUAUUUGUAAAAAACGAUAAUCUUCUUAAAUGACAAUAAGGACUAGGUAUCGAUUACAAAUAUGAAUCAUUCAAUUGGUGAAUAAUAAUAAAGUCGUAAUCUCUUCUAUUUAUUAUUGUGGAUUAUUAUCUUACAGAUACAAUACCAAUACAAUUGGACGUCAUUUUGUAUCUGUAAGGCAAAAUAUAUCAUUUAAUAACUUCAACAUCACAGACAAACCGGUCACGGAUAAUGUUGUAUACUAAUUGUACACAUAAAUUGGUGUUCGUAUGACUUUUUUACAAAAACAAAAACAUGUUGACCUGCCUCCAUAGUGCAGUGGUCACGCGUAUUAACGAGAGCCGGUUUGUCUUGACCAAAUUAUUAUUUUUUUAAGUAAAUUGUGUAUGAAUCUUUGGAAUUGUCUAUUUGUCUGUGUAUCCUAAUUUGAAGGUGCGAUACAUUAGAGAAAGCGGCACUGUUUACUUUUGAUGCGAGUUACGUCAGUACUUGUACUGUUUGCAGUUUAUGUUGACGGCUGCCGCGCCACUGGCCAGCCAGUAUAGUCGACUUCCAUUUGACACUCGAGUUACACAUCUUAAUCCGAGGCAAGGGGAAGCCUGCUCCGCCCCCGGCCACGCGACGUACAGUCCUCUGCGAAUGUCCCGCGUCGUGGCACUAUAAAUAAACGCGUCCCCAUCGCUCAUCGAAUGACUGAAAUGAUAUUUGGUAACAAGGUUGUUAAGGCUAGUGUAGCUCGCGACUCCAGAGUUGAAUUGUACAUUGUAAAUAGCUAUAGAUAAUAUAAUUAUUAUGUAUAUUUAUACACGACCCGCACCAAGCGGCCGGCGCCAGCAACACGUGGCGCCGCCCGUUCUCCUUGCAACAAUAUUCUUGCAGCUUAUGUGUAGAAGGUGCACCUCAGGCAUGGAGCCGCCAUGUCGCACCUCGAAUUUAUACACCACGCGGGCCUGCGCGGUCGACGCACGCCUUACAUGGUUUAUUUUGUGCACUUUUUACUGUCUUUGCCACGCAAUUUUAAGUGUUCUAUUUUGACGGAUAAAAAUUCCAUGAGAAGUGUCCGUCGACUGCGCAGGCGUUCAGUGGUCAUUGUUAUUGUAUUUAAGAUUAUAAUAAGAUAAUAAGUAUAUUUAAAUAAAUAUUUUUAUAAUAA